AUGGCGGAUGAUUGUAGCCGGAUCACAUAUGGCUAUGUUGACCCCAAUUUUCCUCGACCUGACACCGACGACUCGGCCUGUAUAAUCAUUUAUGGAUAUGUCCCAUCUCUGGCUGUCGGGUUACUGGGUGUCAUCCUGUUCGUCGUGGCGCUUGGGAUUCAUCUCUUCUACCUCCUCCGUUAUCGAACAUGGUAUUUCAGCACCGUCGUCGUGGGACUCGUAAUGGAGAUCAUUGGGUACUUGUUCAGAAUCCUCGCCUCCAAGAAGAACCCAUACGCCGUUUCGUAUUUUGUCGCCCAGUACUUCUGCAUCGUCGUCGCGCCGGUGUUCUUCUCCGCCGCAAUCUACACCAUCAUCUCGGUCAUGAUCAAUAUCGUUGGUCGCAAGUACGCGCCUCUCUCUCCGAAAGUGCUCUUGUGGAUCUUCAUCAUUUGUGAUGUUGUCGCCACGGCCAUCCAGAUCACGGGUGCUGCGCUUGUAGGAACAGCCUAUUCUGAUCAGAAGGAUCCAACCACGGCGAACAAUAUCCUACUCGCUGGGUUGGCUUUCCAGGUGUUCUCGUUUGCAGUAUUCAUUCUUUGCUUCGUCUUGUUCACCUUUAAAGCAAGAAGGGUGCUUGGCAGGGAUCUGAAAGUGUUCUCCACUGCAAUCUUAGUCGCCUCCUUAGCGGUAUACUUGAGAACAAUAUUUCGUCUUGCCGAAACUGCUGAGGGCUUAUUGGAAUAUCUGUCGACUCAUGAGGUCUUCUUCGGCUGCUUAGAGUUCUUGCCAAUCGUGGUAGCCGUGUAUGUGUUGAUUUACUGGCACCCUGGGCGAUGGCUAGGAAAAGGGCGGCCUUGUGCUAUCAGUCAGGAUGAGUCCACAGUGGAUCACGAACCUAAGUAG